GGAGGGAAAGAAAAGAGAAAAAGCCAGACCACCUGACAAUCAUGGGUAAAGAGAAAGUGUGGUGACGCUUUCGUUUAUCAAUAGUACUUUGUCGUUAUAAUACCCGGACAGGACACGGGGAUCAGUGAGAUAAGCAAAGAGGACAAAGACAGAUGUUAUUUUUAAUUUUUAUUUGUAAAUAAGUGUUUGAUUAACAAGAAAAAAAGUUUUGUCUCGUAAAUCAACGUGGCUAUGGGCAUGUAGCUGUUGAUGACAGUGCGAGACUCCAGCGUCUGUGUUUUCGGCAGCAGCAGCAAUCACUCACACACACCCCACCACAGACAGGUCUGCGAUUCCAAGACAUAGGAUCGGGGAUGUAGUGUACAGGCUGCGGUCAACAGUAAGGAAUGCUUUUAGAAGUUGAAGUAGGAGUCGUCUUACACAUUCUGUGCUACAUCACAGUAUAUCAGUCUUUGAGAGUAUAGGCUACAUUCAAGCUCUGAUGUUGCCAGUUUUCCCACAAGACUGGACGUUAUCACUGCAGAGGCCAUGAGGGUACGCUGGUCACGGAAGCUGGGGUUGCUGGCUAAGACCUGCCUGCUUCUGUCUCUCUUGUGGGUGGCCUACCUCAUCCUGGAGAUGUCGACAUCGUCCUAUCAGGACCUGCAUGGGGAAGGAGCUGGGAGGAACCUGCUCGAGAGACAAUUCUCCAGCAAGACCCAGGGCAAAGAGCAGAUUGCCCAGCCUGUCUACCAGAAGCCCCCUCCCGACUCCAAUGCCCCUGGGGAGUGGGGCAAGGCUGCCCGGCUGCAGUUGGACCCGGAGCAGAAGAAGCAAGAGGAGGAGAGCAUCGAGAGAUAUGCCAUUAAUAUCCACCUGAGCGACAAGAUCUCCUUGCAUCGGCACAUUGUGGACAGACGGAUGGAUGAAUGUAGAUCCAAGGUAUUUGAUUACCGGAAACUGCCAACGACUUCUGUGAUCAUUUCCUUCUACAACGAGGCCUGGUCCACUUUACUGAGGACCAUACACAGCGUCCUGGAGACCACCCCUGCUGCACUGCUGAAAGAAAUCAUUCUAGUAGAUGACUUUAGCGAUAGAGCCUACCUGAAAUCUCAGCUUGAGGAGUACAUCAGUAACCUAGACCGGGUUCGGCUCAUCAGGACCAACAAGCGUGAAGGGCUGGUCCGCGGCCGUCUCAUCGGAGCCACCUAUUCAACUGGAGACGUGCUCACCUUCCUGGACUGUCACUGUGAGUGCGUUCCUGGCUGGAUUGAACCACUGCUGGAGAGAAUUAGAGAAAAUAAGACGGCUAUUGUGUGCCCUGUGAUUGACACCAUUGACUGGAAUACCUUUGAGUUUUACAUGCAGACAGACGAGCCCAUGAUCGGUGGAUUUGACUGGCGGCUCACUUUUCAGUGGCACUCUGUGCCUGAGCAGGAGCGCCAGAGACGGAAAUCCAAAACCGAUCCCAUCAGGUCUCCGACGAUGGCAGGAGGCUUGUUUGCUGUAAGCAAGGAGUACUUUCAGUACCUUGGCACUUACGAUAUGGGAAUGGAAGUCUGGGGGGGCGAGAAUCUUGAGUUGUCAUUCAGGGUAUGGCAGUGUGGAGGAUCAUUGGAGAUUCAUCCCUGCUCACAUGUAGGCCAUGUUUUUCCAAAGAAGGCCCCAUACGCCAGGCCUAACUUCCUCCAGAACACCGUGCGUGCAGCAGAGGUUUGGAUGGAUGAUUACAAACAACAUUUCUACAACCGAAACCCUCCAGCACGGAAGGAAAAAUAUGGUGAUAUUUCAGAAAGGAAACUCAUCCGGGAGAGACUGAAGUGCCAGAGUUUUGAGUGGUAUUUGAAAAACAUAUACCCUGAUCUGCAUGUUCCUGAGGAUCGGCAUGGCUGGCAUGGAGCAGUGCGAAGCGCUGGGAUUCACACAGAGUGCCUGGAUUACAAUGCUCCAGACCACAACCCCACAGGAGCACACCUGUCUCUGUUUGGAUGCCACGGGCAAGGAGGCAAUCAGUACUUUGAGUACACAUCGAAGAAGGAAAUCCGUUUUAACUCUGUGACGGAGAUCUGUGCAGAGGUACCAGACAGACAGAAAUACAUUGCAAUGAGGUAUUGUCCACGAGAUGGAACUACAGUGCCUGAGAGCAUCAUCUGGGAGUUCAGAAAUGAUGGGACUAUCUAUCACCCUCACUCCAACACGUGCAUCACCUCUCACCGCACUUCAAAUGGAAGGACAGGCAUUGAGAUGAGACUCUGCAACCCGGGGGACACAAAUCAGAUCUGGAGUUUUGAGUAAAAGGAUAUUCUGCUGUGCUCAAGCGCCUGAGAGAAGUGCAAAUAUUGUGACAGACUAUUGACGAGAAAUGAAAAUUAUACCAGCAAACCAGCAAGCAUAAAGCCCUUACAUUCCUAAUGAAAGUUUUCUGUGAAAAUGUCUUUGUGCCGUCACCUUUGUGCCUGUGGUAGAAAACAAAAGAUUGUGCCUGGUCUGUUUCUGCAGACUGCCCAUCACCGUCUCCCAACACAGCUGGACUGAAGUUUGAACACGUACACUGCUAGUUUCAUGGUUUUGAAUUUUGUAUACAGUUGCAUGUUUACUGUAAUUAAGUGGAGUGUGCCAAGUUAUUUGAGUCAAGCAAUAUAAUAUUGAGAGGCUUUAUCCAGCAGACAGCACUCCUCCAUCAUAAUAGAUGGCAGUUGGCCACAAAAAAAGUUCACACAGCGUAGUGUUUAUACGACUGAAUAGGAAUGCUUAAUUUCAAGGUUCAAGCAUGUCAUUCACCUACUGUAUUAUUUUAGAAUUAAUAAUGGGUGGAAUGUAGACAAAGGCUUGCAAUGGGACUUUGGAUGACAAUUAGUUUAAAUCUGUCAAACGAAAUAGCCUUCACUUGUUUAUAUGACGCUCUAGUUUAUGCCAAUGUAUUGUAUGAAUGGACCUUAGUAAGCACAAACAAAAUCA